AUUAUUUUUUUUCUGUCGUUCAUUUUAACUAUAAACGGCGUCGUUUUGGUGUAGCCUCUUUCCACCUCUUCUCGACCUGUAGCAGUUCCGAUUGUGCGUGAAAACGGCGCCAUCUUUCGUCGGCGUUACGUUUGCGUGAACUCCGGCUCCGGUGAGUUCAGGUUUCACAGGUUGAAGGAUUAUGUUCAUUUCUAGGUUUUAUCGGCAAGGAGCUCAUACAAUCAAGAAUCUGGUAAAAGCUCCAGCUCUUAAUCCAAGGACUUCCUACUCCCCUGUGGUUUAUAAUCAAUCUAUAGGAGCCCUGAAACAUGAAUUUUUUAGCAGUACAACCGCUAAACAGGACUCGGAAGACGGAAAUGAAGAAAACGAGAAAAUAAAUGUGACAUUUGUUGACAAGGAGGGAGAUGAGACACUUAUUAAGGUCCCAAUUGGAAUGUCGAUGUUAGAGGCUGCACAUGAAAAUGACAUAGAUCUUGAAGGAGCAUGUGAAGGGUCACUCGCUUGUUCCACUUGUCAUGUAAUUGUGAUGGAUAUGGAGCAAUAUAACAAAUUACCUGAUCCAAGUGACGAGGAAAAUGACAUGUUAGACCUUGCAUUUGGCCUCACAGAAACGUCCCGUUUGGGUUGUCAAAUAAUUGCAAAAUCUGAACUUGAAGGACUUCGCUUAGCAAUCCCCGCUGCAACACGAAACUUUGCUGUCGAUGGGUUUAAGCCAAAACCUCAUUAAAUCAUUCUUGCGGAGUAGAUGAAAAAGAAGUCUUUGGUGUAGAUUAUCACAGAUGGGAAUCGAACAAUUUUGUUGUUAGUAGUGAGAAAAACUUGACUAGUUAGUAAUUAAUAAUUAUCUGUGUGUCGACGAGCCAACUUUUAUUCCUUUUUUUCUUUUUCCCUCUCGGUUAUAUUGCACCCGUGUAUUUUAUUACAUCAUAAAAUGAGCUUAGUUUCCGGCAAACAAGAUCAAUCGUAGAUGAACAAUUUUCACAUUUU